AUGACUCGACCCAAUCUCGACGACGAUUACAUUGUCUGCGACAGAAAUGGCAUUAUUGAAAACAGACAUCUCAUCCAUGCGGCAGUCGUUGAUUCUAACGGCAAACUCCUCUUCUCAAUCGGCAACCCAUCCCGCCUCACGCUGAUCCGCUCGUCCGUGAAACCGGCACAAGCUCUCGCCGUAGCAGAAUCCGGUGCAUUUCAGAAAUAUGGAUUCGAAGAGAAAGACAUUGCACUUUGUUGUGCGUCUCACAGCAGCGAAGAAGGGCAUAUUUCUCGCGCGAGGAGCAUGCUAGCCAAGUCCGGGUGCGACGAGAGCCAUCUUCGCUGUGGAGGACAUCCUGCGCUGACGCCGCAGAUGAACAAUGCGUGGAUUAAGAGUGGUUUUGUUGCUACGCCUGUGUUUAGCAACUGCUCUGGCAAGCAUGCUGCUUUCUUGGCGGCUGCAAAGGCAAUAGGUCGUUCUACGGAUGGGUAUCACCAACUGGAGCAUCCGAUACAGCAACGAGUGAAGGAAAUAGUCGAGGACUUGACAGGUCUAUCACCAGAUGAGGUGAAAUGGGGUGUAGAUGGAUGCAACAUGGCUGCUCCGGCUGUCCCUCUUCAAAGCCUAGCCGUGUUGAAUGCAGAGUUUGCGAACGCGGCGGAUCUAGUUGCGCAAGGAGGUGAUGUCUCUCCACGGAGAAGGGAAAUGGCACGCAUCUUCAAUGCCAUGUCGUCUUAUCCGGAAAUGGUGGGAGGCGAGGGCCGGUUCUGCACGUUGCUGAUGAAGGCGUUUAAUGGGCAUUUGAUAGGAAAGGUUGGCGCUGAUGCCUGUUACGGAAUUGGCGUGCGAGCAUCGCAUGUGCCGAAGAGGCUGGGGAUUGAUGGGCCGAUUGGUAUCGCGGUCAAGGUUGAGGAUGGGAAUAUGGAUGUGCUGUAUGCGGCUGUGGCAGAGCUUUUGGAUAGGUUGGACUUGGGGACGAAGGAGAUGAGAAGUGUGUUGGAUGGGUUUCACUACAAGACGAUAUUGAAUACUGCUGGGGUUGUUACGGGAGAGUAUGCGUUUCCAUUCUUGUUAAAGAUGGAGGUGUAG